UUUUUUUUCUUUGCGUGUUUUACAUACGGUCGGAAACGACGACUACACCCCCAUCGCAUAUCCCGCUCAGCCCGUGCCCGGGCGUACGCUCUCCGAAUACAGAUUGCAUCGAACGCUCGUCUCGUUUAUCACCGCGCUGUCCCAUGACGACGCAUGCUCCGUAGCCUGUAACCUAUACCGCGGCGCCGUCAGACAACUCAAGACGACGUAGCACCGUGCCCGAUGAUGACUCUGCUAUCGAAAGUGCGACCGUGCAUGUCAUCGGGGAGGGAACUCGAGUGUGUGUUGUAGAGCGUCAGCAGCCGGCAGCCGCAUAGCAGCGGCGACGGAGCGCGUGUUGCGCCGUUGCGCGCCGCCGACAGCGGCGGUGUACCGCUGCGCAUCUUGGUCAUUUUGUCACGCGGGGAGGCCAGGAUCGAGACAUGCGACCCCGGAACGCGGGCGAAGCGCACAAGCUCGUCCAUGUGCUAGACCGCAUCUACGUUACUCCAGAACGCGUGCAGAAACGGCAUAGUCGGCACGAGUACCGCGCCCGGAAGCAGCAGCAGCAGUCGAACAACAACAGCAGCGGUCAGCGCGAAGCCGCGGGCGGCGGCGGCGGGCCCGAGUCAGCCACGGCGUCGGCAGCGAUGAAGGCCCUCUUCUACCUCCUGCUCCUGCUGGCGGAGGUGCUCCUCUUCGGGACCAUCACCCUGACCAUCUACUGGAUCUUCAACUACCAGGGAGGGGUGGCGUGGGCCAACGACACGAGGAAGCAGUUCAACCUCCACUACAUCCUCAUGGUCGGCGGAUUCAUCUUCCUCAAUGGACACGCAAUGUUAGUGUACCGCAGCUUCACGUGCUGCAAGAAGAUCUACAACAAGGUGCUGCACACCAUCUUCUUCGUGCUGUCCAUCUCGGCCAUCACCAUCGGCAUCGUGUCAGCCUUCCAGGCGCACAACAACGUGGCCGACCCCAGGCACUUCUAUUCCCUCCACUCGUGGAUCGGCCUAGGCACCAUGGGCCUCUUCGCUCUUCAGUUUGUAGUGGGCUUCAUUUCAUUCCUGGUGCUGCUGUGCUGUGACAAGGCCACAGUGACCUACAGGCAGCGCCUGGUGCCCAUCCACACCAACUUUGGACUGAUCAUCUUCGGCAUGGCCGCCGCAACCUGUGUCACGGGUCUCAUGCAGACGGCCACCUAUAGGUUCAAUGGGAAGGAUGGAGCGCCCCUCUACAGAGAACUGCCAGAACAAGGAAUCUUCGUCAACACAAUUGCCAUUGCCAUAAUUGCGUUGACAAUCUUACUUCCUCUGCUUGUCAAGAAUAAUCUUCGUGGUGGACAAACGGUCCUGUCAAUCAACUAGCAAGGUGGCAAAUCUUGUCAGGUGAUGUCGUCUGCAAUGGUCGAUGCGACAGCACCUCCAGAAGUCAUCUUUGUCAAGACGACCACAGAACUUUGAGAUGAUUUCAUGACCAUAUGGCUCCAGUCCUCACAGUGGCCUUUUUUGAGAAGUAGCUUUUUGGAAUUUUCUUUCUUUGUCUUAAGCUUCUUGGGCACAACUCUCAGCGCACAAAUUCGCUAACAGGUUCAGCAUAUUCUCUGGUAGUUGGACAUGAUACGGUACUGGUGGCUACAUUAUUAACGCAGCAAAGGUAAAAUUUCAAAAUUGAAGCCUGUCUGAGAUGUUUAACCUUAAGCUUUGUUCUUUUCCCUCUAUAUCUAAGAUAAGCAUGAGACAUACCGACCAAUUCUUGAAGGAUUGGACAUUGUUUGGAAGAGCAUAAAAUAUUUUGACAUGCAUGCCUUAUAUUGCAAAAAUAUUUAGGAUAUUUAUACUGCUCAACUGUUAUAACUUGCCACUUUAAUCAUUAGGGCAUGAAUGUUCUGUCUAGCUCAUAAACACCUUCAACCAAAGGAGAACACUAGCAAAGUGGCUUUUCAUUAGUUAAGCACCAGUUUGGUUAUUUAAAAAAAGUUGCCGUCUUUUCAAAAUGGCUGCUGUAGGACUGGAGCCUUUGAAAUGUUAUGCACCAACCUAAUUUCAAAAACUUUUUUUUUUAAGAGUUUAGAUUGACAUGCAGUCUGACAAUUAGUAGUCUUGAAACAAUUGAUUUCUGGAGAGGCUGUCGUGAGCCAAUGAGAUUUCGUAUCUCUGGGGAACAUGGCUGCAGCUGCUACACGUUUUUAGUCUGGUUUAAUUUUGUGCAUGAGACCUCCAAUGCCUUGUUAGAAAAGUAAGGUAUGCUUGGAAGUGAGCCCAUAACUUCCACAGCAUUUCAUGUUUUGUUUUUGCAAUUCAGAAUUUGCAUCUUCCAAUUUUGUAAAGGAUACCCUCCAAUUUGAGAAGGAAUUCUUUUUUUUUUUUUUUUUUAUUAAUCAAUGGUUAGCCAUGAAAACUGUUACUUUAGAUGAAGUGUGUCUUGCUUCGGAAAAGUUGUAGUCUGAGCAAUGUUGCAGGAACUGCCAGCAAAGGAUAUGCAGUUGCCCACACUUUUUUUUUUUUUUUACACUGUUUCUUUUAACUAUUUUGCAUGAAUAUUGAGUUGUUUAGUACUGUAUGAGACUCACACCACAUAUAAACAUCUCCUCAUAAUGCUCAUUUAUACUCUGCAACAUCUUGUAAAUGUGUUGUUGAAACGUCUGCUGCGUUCUGUCCUGUGGCAACCAACCACCCUUUGUUUUGUUUUCUUUUUGUUGUGCAUGUCGAAUGCCAUCCACACGCAGAUGCACUUCUACACUCCGCACAUGUUUUGCGUCCACAUUGUUGCGUGUAUGUGCAGUUUAUAUCAACCCUUUCUCCAUCUGCCAGAACUGCGGGUAGUACAAGUGUUGCUUUUUCGAGGGGCGCAUUAUUGUACAGGACAGAAUAUGCAGCCUGAACAAAGACCAGUAAACAAAUUUUUGAAGCACUUCAGUUCAACCGCACAAGUACCAUGCGCAGCAUUAGGCCAGAUUUGUCAUGGCCGCAACCAAGUGUAAUCUCGUGCUAGCCUAAGUUUUCGCAGCCAGUUGGGUGCACUAAAAGGCAUUACAACUUUGUGUUAAAAAAAAAAGGAACUUGAUUAACUUACUUUAAAUUUGUGAUGUAAAAACAGUGUGUUUGCAUGCCUCGCUUCAGCACAAGAACAGUGAAAAAACAAUACCUUUCCAACUAUAGCGGUCUACAACUUGGCAAGGGAGAGUACCGAACAAUUCCCUUGUUGCACUGCAUUGCAAGCAGGCAAUUUCAUCCAGACACUGCAUUGGAGUACUUUUUGUUAGUGGAAGCAGGAUGUACAAGCAGGUUUUGACAUAUUUAGCAGUUAUAAAACCUUGGACCUGGUUACUGCACCAUCCAUACAAAAGUCUUGUACACUACCCGAUUCGAGUCUCUUCAAAGAACAAGCUUUGCGUCCCCCAUUAUGAAAUGGCAUGCCCAACCGCAUAGAGGGAGCCCCUCUUCCGUGCCUUUAGUACCUCGUAGUACAGAAAAUAUCAAGUUGUUGCAAUUUUUCACUCGUCAUUUGUACCUUGUGGUUAUCUUUCUGUUUUGCCUGUACAUAAAGAAUGCACUGCUUCUGGAACGAAACAAAUGCUGUUCUAUUGUCUGAAGCAUUGACAUUUUUUUUUCUUGUGUACAUACACAUGUACUCGACGGUGCGUGAAUAAUCUGUCCCCUGUAAUCCGUCGGCAAAGUAUAAUAUAAUUUUUUUUACUGUG